UCCGACAGCAUGCCCUUGAACGACUUACAACCAAUGGCAUAUGCGACAAUGCAUAACUUUACGGCCAUGAACCACAACCAAAGCUCUACUACGGUGCCAAACCCCGUUCAGGAGCAACAGUUCUGCCUACGGUGGAACAACUACCACUCAAAUCUGUCGACGGUGUUCGACCAGCUGUUUCAAGCCGAAUCGUUCGUCGAUGUCACACUGAUUGGUGAAGGCCGUCCAAUCAAGGCCCACAAAAUGGUCCUGGCAGCCAGUAGUCCGUACUUUCAGACGAUCUUUCAGGAAACUCCCUGCAAGCAUCCCGUAGUUAUCAUCAAAGACGUCAAGUGGGAAGACUUGAAAGCUUUGGUGGAAUUUAUGUACCGUGGCGAAAUCAACGUUGCCCAAGAACAACUCCGACCUCUACUUAAUCUGGCACAAAUGUUUCAAAUUCGUGGACUGACGGAUGUUUCCCACGAAGAUGUUGAACCUGAACCGCCAGCGCCCCCCGUCCCAGUGCGCGAAACAGUCAAUACCAACGUGGAGCAGUUCACGGUCUACACGGCGUCCAUCGUGGAAAACCUUCAGCAGAACUUCAAUACCCCAACCAACAACGAUCUCGGCCCCAGGAGGUCCUCCAAAGACAAAGACUCUUCCCGGAAGCAAACCCUAGAAACCAUGGACAUCACCGUUGAAUGGCCCAAACUAGAACCCAGGGAUGAUUCUCCAGCCGUAGUAGAACCCCCGGCCAAAGCUCCCCGCAAACGCAAGUCUACAUCCAACGACAACAACACCGAUGGCAACUACCUCACCCUUCAACAACCAGAACCAACAACGGCGUACAUUCCAGCUGCGAUCAGCCAACCUAUUACGGUCGUCUCUCAACCUCCACCUCUGGCGCCACCACUUGUGCUGCAAAACCCCUACCAACCGGAUGACACGGACUCCAAGAUGACCACCUUCCUGGACGCCGCUACCAAUGAAGUCGACGAUGCAUCCUUGAAUACUUCCCAAGACCAGAAUGCUACAAACGAAUCCAAAUCAAAAGCAUCGAAAGCACCCGCAUGGAACUCUAAUCAACUUCAGGAAGCCAUCGCCGCCGUCGUAACGCAACGAUUGCGUUUCACCCAGGCCAGCGCCCAGUACAACAUCCCCAAAGGCACACUGUACGACAACAUUCUUGGCAAGGCACACCGGAUGGCCGUCCUCCAGGAGUUGGCCCUCAGGCCGGAGGAGGAAGCCGCCGUGCUGAAUUUCUGCUGCGAUACGGCCACCUCGCCGUACAACAAGCGCACCAAGCGAUCGCUCAGCAGCAUCCUGGAGUUCAUCAGUCACUUCCAGACCUUCCGGGACAAGGGUGAUCAGUUCAAGUUCGGUGGCAAGCCCGGUUUCCGGUGGUGGUGGGCCUUCUGUCGGAAGCACUCGAUCGUUUCGCUGUACUACGAAGGGCUGAAGCUGAGCGACGAUCAGGACUCGUCGAUUUCCAGCAAGAAAAGCCGCAAAAGUUUGGAAUUUGACGCGAUGGAUGCGGUUUGAAUGUUUUUAGGUUUUAUUUGCAGAUGCGUGUGUGCCUUUUAAGCAAUUACUUUGUGAUUUUAACAUUCUCGUUGAUUUUGUACAAUUAUCGUGACAAGAAACUCAGCUAAGGUAAGGUUAUGUAAAUAAGACGACAAAAACUGGA